GGAAAACGAAUUUCUUCUUCUUUGAUUGGUUCAAGCAAUGUUCAAAGUCUUAUAAUCCAACGGAGGAGAUUCAAUUCCUAUACAACGAAUCAAAUGGUGCCACGUGUCUGAUCAACUUCGUGAAGAAAGAAGCCACCGAUUCCGAGUCGCCGCCGUGGAAGAUGGAUCGGUACAGGAAGGGAACAGAUUUUGAGGAGUCAGAUCCGCCGGUUUUCGACACCGGAGAUGACGAUGCGGCGGAGGAAGGGGCCGGAGGAGAGGAGGAGGGAGAGGAUCAGGAGCCUUUCAUGGGAGGUAAAGUCAGAAGGAAAGCGUCUCGCCGUAGGGAGUACCGUGGUGACUAUCUCGACGUACCUUCGCGUCCUCGCUUGAUGAAGAUUCUGGAGAAACAAGGUGACAAGACAGUUGUUUUUGCUGAUAAAGUUUUGAAGUUCACUGGCUCGGGGAAGAUGAAACGGCGCAUUUUUAUCAUCACCGACUUUGCUCUCUAUCUUAUUGAUCCUGAGACCGAUGCUCUCAAACGGCGUAUAGCCCUUGCGGCAGUGGAUAAGCUCUGUUUGAGCAAAUUAAGCGACAACUUCUUUGCCAUCGUUAUCCCAACAGAAUACGAUUUACUCAUGGCCAGUACUCGCAAGACCGAAAUUGUCAAGGUCGUGGUUGAUGUCACUAAGAAUGCAUCCGACUACGAGCUUGAAGUGGCUGUCUCUAACAGGUUUGAAUAUAAUGCAGCUGCAACAUUGGUAAAGGAAGUUUUCUUUGAAGAAGUCGAAGGGGGUAUUAAGACCAGAAUUUCAAAGAAGUGACUUCCUUCCUCUUCAUAGGCUUGAAAGGAGGGAGCAUGUGGACUCCCUGUCAUGAAGGUGAAAUGGAACCUUUUUCUGGUUGGGUCCAUAAUAUCAGGGCGGUAUGUGUUUAUUAAUUUGAUUCCAUCUUUAUUCUGUUUUGUAUUUUCUUCUUGAAAUGAAUAUAUAUAUAUAUAUAUAUAUAUAUUUCACUGGUCUAAAAAAUGAACUGAAAGUUGUUGGAAACCAUUUCUGAGGAUAUCUUCUCAUACAGAAAGUUUAUACAUUGUAAGAAAAGAUUAGAGAGUGUU